GACGACAACAGGAACAGGAAUACUUGCAUAGGAAAUAGUAAAUAGACACAACAACAACAAUCAGUUCAGUUCAACAAUUGACAAUUAGCGAGAUCCUGUGAGAGAUCCUGGCAAGAUGUGCGACUGUGGCUGCUACUCGUACUGCCUGCACGACGCAUCCUGCUAUUCGCACAGCCAUUACCAUACCCAUUCGCACUCGCAUCAUUGCUGCGCUGGAUACAAGUAUCUCAAGUGUCUGUGUCGCUAUUAUCGGCAUGUGCACUGCACCUGCUCCUGUUGGCGCCGAAAAUGUUACCUGCUUUAAGCGCACAAAUGUCAGACAGACGACAGUUUGACAGGCGCCGAGGAUGCAGGCCGUCUGGAUGGAGGAUGGAGGAUGUAGGAUGGAGGCGACAGCACCAUUAAAAAUCACAACUCAAACAAUGCAAAUCAGCAAAAGCAAAUGAUAAAGUCCUUUAAGCAGUUGCAUAACACUUGGCUGCAUCGUCGAAGGUGAAAGAACAGGUGAAGCAGGUGGCACGUGGCAGGUGAAGCAGGUGGGAAACAGUUGGAGCUGCCAGCGUAGCUAAUGGAUGAUUGGGGUGCGAUUGCGAGGAUAGCAACUAGCGUGCAUACAGGUCGUAUGUGCAACGUUUUUAGUUGUCUGGGUGAGUGUGAGUGUGACUGAGAGAGAGCGAGAGAGAGAGAGAGAGAGAGAGAGAAAGGACGAGCGAGCGAGCGAUGCGGCCAACUUGUUAUGGACCGACUGCAUUUGGUGCAGAAUCUCUCGCAAUAACUAAAACGAACGGAUUCCAUUUAACUAACUCACCAUGUACAAUCCUACAUAAUUAACUAGUUAAUAUAGAUGAGCAUUCCUUAACUCACACCCACACACACACUCACAACUGGCACACGUAAGUUAAGUGCAUAAGUUUUACUUGAAUUGUCUCAAGCACACGAUAUAACUAUAUAUAUGUAUGUUCGUUGCCUAUAAAUGUUAGUUAUAGUUAUCGAUUCAUCAUCAUGUUGAUGACAAUUUGC